UAGGACGGGACGUGGAAGCCGGGUACCUGCAGCUGCUCGCUCCUUCUGAGCCUCUUUCAGUCCAGUUCCCUGCUGUCUGGGAUCAUACCGCCCCCUCAUCUGUCUCUGACUGUGUCGCGGACCUUUAAACCAACCAAGGCUCAAAGAUGUCUCAGAAGAUCAAGGCUGGCUCUGUGGUGGAGAUGCAGGGAGAUGAGAUGACUCGGGUCAUCUGGGACCUCAUUAAGGAGAAACUCAUCUUCCCGUAUCUGGAGCUCGACCUGCACAGCUAUGACCUCGGUAUGGAGAACCGAGAUGCAACAGACGACAAGGUCACAGUUGAGGCGGCGGAGGCUGUCCGCCGUUACAACGUGGGCGUCAAGUGCGCCACCAUCACACCAGACGAGAAGCGCGUGGAGGAGUUCAAGCUGAAGCAGAUGUGGCGUUCGCCCAACGGCACCAUCCGUAACAUCCUGGGAGGCACAGUGUUCAGAGGGCCCAUCCUGUGCAAGAACAUCCCUCGCCUGGUGCCUGGCUGGACCAAGCCCAUCAUCAUUGGCAGGCACGCCCAUGGAGAUCAGUACAAAGCCACAGACUUCGUGGUGCCUGGGCCCGGGAAAGUGGAGAUGACCUACACACCCACAAAUGGAGAGCCAGUUAAAUAUGUCAUCUAUGAGUUCCAGGGCACAGGUGGUGUGGCCAUGGGCAUGUACAAUACAGACAGCUCCAUCAGGGACUUUGCCCACAGCUCCUUCCAGAUGGCUCUGACUAAAGCCUGGCCUCUCUAUCUCAGCACCAAGAACACCAUCCUCAAGAAGUACGACGGCCGCUUCAAAGACAUCUUCCAGGAGAUCUACGAGAAGGAAUACCGUGCUCAGUUUGAGGCCAAAGGCAUCUGGUAUGAGCACCGUCUGAUUGAUGACAUGGUCGCCCAGGCCAUGAAGUCUGAGGGAGGCUUCAUUUGGGCCUGCAAGAACUACGAUGGAGACGUGCAGUCUGACUCUGUGGCACAAGGCUACGGCUCCCUGGGUAUGAUGACCAGUGUGCUCAUCUGUCCUGAUGGACGCACAGUGGAGUCUGAGGCCGCCCACGGCACAGUGACUCGCCACUACAGACUACACCAGCAGGGAAAAGAGACCUCCACCAAUCCCAUCGCCUCCAUCUUUGCGUGGACGCAGGGCCUGCUCCACCGGGCAAAGCUGGACAGCAACACAGAGCUGCGAGUGUUCGCUGAGGCUCUCGAGGCCGUUUGCGUGGAGACCAUCGAGGCUGGUUUCAUGACCAAGGAUUUGGCCAUCUGCAUCAAAGGCCUCCCAAAUGUGACACGUGCCGACUACUUGAACACCUUUGAGUUCUUGGACAAGCUGGCAGAGAACCUGAAGAGUAAACUGGCCAACCAGCCCAAACUGUGAUCUCACCUCCCAGCCUCAGCAGCACACACACACACACACACACAGUCAAACACAUGCACCCAGAGACAUCUACACAGCCACUGGAGUCAACACUGGAACAGAGAGGAGUGUCCCCACGACUCCAGGAGCUCUACUGACUGAAACCAAGUCAUUCCCUAACCAGGGUCUGAUUGAGCAGGGUGCCUUGUCCUGAAUGAGUGUCGGCCGUCAGUUCUGUUAAUGCAUCACUGGUAGCCAGUGGAAACAUUAACAGCCUCCAGGACUGACACUGGGAGAAUGACCUGAUGUCUCAGUGACCUUGUUUACCCUAAAUGCACUAGGUCCCCAGAUGUGAGUGUGUGUUGUCAGUAUUUGUCGGUGAUCUGUGCAGCAGACGGGGACAGAAUCUGUGUGAGGGAGCCCCUGGACCCUCACUGCCUUAUUCGUUUCAUGUCAAAGUCAUCGGUUGAUUCUUGUAAUGUUUAAACAAUACCUCAGCCACCAUUUUAUGUUUCAGUGCCACGCUCAGAAACACAGCAAGAGCGCGUGCUUUUAACUAAUGAAACCCCUCAGCAUGGCGACAGAGAGGCCGUGCGUACUAAAAGUUUUACUGUAAUUAAACACAAAACGUGUUAUGUAGACUGAUUAGUUUUAAAUGUGGUAAUUUCUGGCAUUUAGAACGGUUAUUCUUCUUACACAUUUUAUAAACACAGUACAUUGCUUUUAAAUUUUAUACUCGUAUUAAUUUCACUUAUCAGUUGUUUCAGAGGUGUAUUUAUUUGUCCUUCCUUUGUCUGUGUGUUGUGUCCAUUACAUCCUGCUGUUCAACUGUUGGUUUGUAAUCAAUAUUAUGCCUGUUAAGAUGAUAACUCACAAUAAAUGAGUUUUUGAAGAAA